AUGUGCGUCAUCUACCCCAGCAUCACGAACAAUACUAAUGAGCUGAGGAAUCAAGCACUCGCGGAUGCUCUGUCACAGCUUGGCAUUUCUAAUGUCUACCACAUGCGUGAGGUGGGCAAGAACAAGCACCAGGACUUGUGGGUACAGGCUCUCGAAGACAAUCUUGAAGGCAAAGGGUCCACGUGGGGGCGGGACGACUUCGAGAAGAUUCUAACCGGAUUUGAGGCGUUGGCCGAUUUCCCCGCUGCGAUCUUUCCUGAGCAACUGAUAGCGGCCUACCCAGAGGCGGCCAUCAUCCUUUCGACCAGAGCUGAAGACGGCUGGUACACGUCCAUGAUGUGCACUCUUGUUCAUUAUCACUCCAACAUGCCGGCUGAUAGCACAUCGCCCAUGGCACCUCUCGCUAUCAAAUAUCACACUCUAUGCUGGGACAAUGACUUCCCGACAAACGGUCGAGACUACUUCAGAAAACACAACGAUAGGGCAAAGGACGCCGAGAAUCUUGAUGCUUAUCCAACACUCCGGUUCGAUAGUAUCAUUCACUGCGGUCCGUGGACAUUUGCACAUCUGCGGAUCAGCCCGAUGGCCCGGCGGACCACGGAAAUAAUUGUUAUUGAAGUUGACGGCGAAAUCAGGUACUCCAUGCAGCUUGAUCUUGGCAAGCCUCAAAUGGGCUUAAGACAGGCGCCUCAGAUAAACGUCACACUGCGCUAUUGUCAUCUGUUCCUGUCCAGAAGACGACUGCUCGCCCAAGCACACGCGCUUGUCGCAGCACGGUUGCAGCGAGGCCCGUUCGGGCGCUUUGUCCUCAUAGCAGCUGUGCUCGUCUUCAUAUUCAGCUUUGCACAUUACUUGGACGCUGUCCCGGAUAGCGUCCGACUUACUACCUCCACACCAGAGGAGCCGAACAAGAUACCGGUCGAGCAGGAGGCAAAGGAACCCGAGGUCGAGCACGAGAGACCGCCGCCGCCGGACUAUUCUGAGGCGCCUCAGUGUAUCUCGGAGCUGGAAUACCUCAAAAAGCUUGGCCUGACCAGCAAGAUCAAGUUCACCAGGCGCUGUAUCAAGCCCGUGUUUUCCACAUCAGCACCCCAGUCAUCGCCAGCCGACCCGAAUGCCGGAGGCGUGGAUCGUGAUGUCGUCGCCAACAUAUCACAACCACUCCUCGUCGGCUCGCCGGUCUCCGUCGACCUCCUUUCUUGUGAUCGCAUAGCCGACGACUACAUUUCAUGUGAGCCACUCAAACUUGCCGUGCCGGACCCAUACCCCGAACGAGUCGGCCAGUAUGAUCAUCUACUUUUCGCCAUCGCAACCUCCGCAGAGCGUCUCAAGAUUGCCAAGCCCCAUUUUGCGCACUGGAUGUCAAAAUCAGGGUCCCCACUCAUAGCUCUCAUAACCGACAGGCCAAACGAAGAGUCGGGCCAGACACAGAACGACCUUGAGAUGGAACAGACCACGACAUGGCCAGCACUCGUCGACGAAUUCGCUAGCGCGGGCAUCCAGCUCGUGCUCGUGCGGCCGCACAGCCCAGAACACUCUGUGCCCCAGAGCCACAUGAUGGUAAUCCUCGAUAUGCUCGCGCACGUGCGGGCCCGGCGCAUGGCGGCGUCCGAGUACGCGGACGAAGGCGUCGACCUGGCGCACAACGACACGCACUGGCUCGGCAUCCUCGAUGACGAUACCUUCCUGCCCGCCAUCGAGCCGCUGUCCGCCGCCCUGGCCGAGCACGACCACACCAGGCCCGCGUACCUGGGCGACCUGUCCGAGUCCUUCGCCGCGACACGUUUCGGCAUGGCUGCCUUUGGCGGUGCCGGCAUAUUCAUUUCUGUGCCACUUGCCGAGGAGCUUGAGCCGCACUUGAGCGACUGCCUGAGCGGGAGGGGAGGGGACAUGCAAUUGAUGGAGUGCGUCCACGACCAUACGCAUGCGAGGCUAGAGAGAGUGAAGGGCCUCCAACAACAAGACAUGCACGGCCUAAUGGAUGGGUUCUUCGAAAGCGGGUGGCGGUUCUUGACGCUUCACCAUUGGAAGAGCUGGUACACAUCUCCAGUUCUCGACAUGGCCCGGGUUGCGUUGAUCUGUGGAGGCUGCUUUCUGCAGAGAUGGAAGUUCUUAGACUUUGGCAGUGUUUCUAAGAACAGAACCGACGUGGGAGCUUGGGAUUCCCAAGAAGAGCUGGAUGUGUCGAAGGCUGAGGUUGUCUUCACCAAUGGAUACUCCAUCGCCAGGUAUCCUAACGGUGCACCGAGGAUGGAUUUCAUGGAGGGUACAUGGGAAGGGGCCGAAACAAAGGAUUAUAGAUGGUCACUCGGUCCGAUCAGACCAAAGCUAGGAAAAGAAGAUAAACAGACCUGGAGGCUAGUGGAAAGUGUGGUAGAUGAGAAGACUGGUGGCUUGACCCAGAUCUAUGUCUUCAAGGACGAGGCGGAAACGGACCCUGUCGACGAGGUCAUCGAGCUCAUCUGGGACCCGAGCUCAUGA